GUGCGUGCAUGCGUGUGUUACACGGUUGGGGUUGCGUGACCCAUACGAGCUGAAGGCCCAAGGGCAAGAGAUGAACACCUAAAAGAAAUACCGCAAUAGCAGAACAGCGAACUAGCACCCUAAGCACUCGGGUUCUGCUUGCCUCCCAAGGCCCAGCAACGUAAGCGACACUGCAUCAGCUUAUGAUGCGCUAGACGAGGAAUGAAAACCAUAGCAUGCAUUGGGCACAUGACGGCCCCCGGGCUCCCGACUAGGGGGGCGGCCCCAUCCAGUGCUCAUACUUCAACAUCUGUACUCCCGGUUGUAUCCCAUCCGAUGGGUAUACUCCUCUGGCUAGACACAGUCAGACGCACAUGGUCCCAGCCGUCCAUCAAACGCUCCCUUAGUGCCGUUACCCACCCGUUGUCCUCGUGAGGCUGUAGUAUACUGUAGUAUUCUGGGUAUCACCCCGCCAGUCUUCCUAUCCCCGCCUCCCUACCCUAAAACCCCGCUUCCCUACCCUAAAACCCCGCCUCCCUAACCCCUGCCAGACUUCCUACCCCCGCCAGUCCAGCCUGUCUGGGAAGCUGAAAGCGUCCUCCACCAUCCAAGAAGUUUACCAACCUUGUUACUUCCAUUGCCGAUUGCUCCUCUCCGAUGGGUUAUUCGCGUGACUAGCAAUCGUUAUCUUAAGUUACCACCAUUGGUAUGUAUGUUGUUACAGGGUGGUUAACUUCGCCAGCGGCCCCCUUUCCCGGGGCAGUCCCUGCUCUCCCCUGCUAGAGGGGCACCCUAAUCCGUCACCCCAUCCGACUUUAGAAUGUAUUCGUUGGGUUCGGCAACUCACCACCAGCAUCCAACCAAAUCUAGCGGAUCAACGGCGCAUCAACUUAGUUCCUGGUCAGCUCGCAAGUUGAUAUUAUCACGUCCUACACCGUCCAUAAGAUGGGGGGCCACCUCCCAUUUCAUCACUCCUCUAACACCCGAGGAGCCGGCAGGCGGAUUUGAACCCGGGUCGACUGGGUCGACUGGGAGCAGAAGUCAGGCCUUAACCUCUGCCAGCCGCCUGCCAUUGGUAUGUGGGAUUCCUGGCAUGUAGCACGGGACUGCUCAAACCUGCGGAAUGAUAUACGAGCCAUAUAGUGUCAUGCAUGAUUUUGGAUGGAAAGUUUUGACAUCUUUCGCAACCAGGCAGCCGCCCUGCUCCCUGCAGCACGAGGCCUGAAGGAUCCCCGGAUGCCCGCCGUUAGCCCCUUGUUGGAGCGCCACCUCGUGUCCCGCCACACCAGCGCCUACCUGGGUGUCGUGACUGCUGUAUUGCACCAGGUCUCCAGCCCCGCUGCCACAGGUGCGCCUCGGGACACCCAGCGCCGCCCGGGCACUGUGCCGCGCGAUGUAUACCAUCACAGCGCCAUCCUGCCGCCAAAGCGCCACCACCUCUCCGGCAUGGCAACAUCCGAGUCCGCCGCUACCGGGACAGACGGCAUGUACGGCAUGUACAGCAAUAGUAGCACAGAUGCUUCGCGAGUUGCAACUUCCGUCCGAGUAACGGUGGACGAAAAGGUAUUUGGAAGUGCAGGCGGAGGGGGCUUUGGAGGCUUCCUGGAGGGCUAUGACAGCCUGGGGGGGCCAUUUAUGUAUGCGCCCUUCGGCGGCAGUGGCGGCAGCGGCGGUUUGCCCAGUCUUGGCGGCAGCGGCGAGUACUAUGUGCCGUACCUCGACCGGUCGUACGGCAGCCAUGCACCACUCGCGUGCACCGUCGAUGCGCUUGCGCGUCGAGCGGAGGCUCAUAAGGCCCUGACGCGGCAGCGGCUCCUGCAGCAGCAGAUGGAGCAGCAGAUGGCAGCCGGAGGGCGAAGGCGACAGCAAUCGCAAAGGCAGCAGCAGGAAGAGCAGCAGCCGCAGGAGCAAAAAAAGGCGCAGAUUGUCCUUUAUCAACCCGGGCAAAAUGAGCCCUACCAGCUGCGAUUGGAGGGCGGUGUUCAGCCGGUGGCGCUGGGCCUGGCCUGGGACACCUCCCCGGGCGUCGUUGCAGCUGCGGCCGCCGCCGCCGCCACCACAGCUGCGGCCAUCGCUGCGCGAGCAGAGGGCUUGUCGGCCGCGGCAUCGCCGCUGCUCCGUGACCCAUCGGCCUCGCCUAGUCUCCGGGAUAUUCCCUUGUCAGAAGCAGGCCGUACGAGCUCUGCACCACGGGGUGCUACUGCCGCCGCCAGUGGCGCCGGCGGCGGUGGCGCUACUGCCACUGCCGCCGCCGCCAGCUCCUCCCCAGCCUCGCCCCUGCGCCGGCGGCUCGGCGGCAAUGCGACAGAGAUGGGACAGCAGCAAACGGGGUCGGGCCGGGCGUCACCGGCAGGCGCGCCAGGCUCUCCCCGCAAAUUACGGCCGCCGCGUACGCCGCAAUCUGCGGCGGAGGCCGCAGCGGUUGCGGCGGCGGCAGAGGACUUGGCGCGGUCGCACCUGCCUCCGGCGGUACGGCGUGGCUAUAACGGCCAGCUUGCAGCGCAAACCGUCAAGGACUGGGAGACUAUUGCGGAGCCCAACCGUCGCAUGAUGCAGGAGAUUGAAAACGUGACGAACCUGGUGAAAGGCAGGCCUUCCAGGCGCUCGUCCAUGUUGGUUGCCUCCGCCAACGGCGGCACCGCCGCCAGCGGCGGCGGCGGUCGGCAGUUGUCCACGCCGUCGAACGCUCCAGGCUCAGCUUCCACGAAGCGGCGAGGUGGUCAGGAUGGAGUGGGAGCUGACGGCAGCGGCGGGGGUGGGGAAGCCGGGGGCGCCUCCGCUGGCGCGCCGUACGGCAAGCACACCUCUGCCCGCUCUCGCCGGCGCUACAUCCGCUACAGCACUGACGUGUUUCCGGAGCUGGGCUUGCCGCCCGCUAGCAGCCUGAGCCGUCGCACUCCCGCCACUGCCAACGGGCCGUUCGGGACGGCCGGGGCCGCAGCCGCCACCGCGGUAGCAGGUGCCGUACCAGCUAAAACGGCGGCGACGGCGGCAGCGAAUGGUGGGUGGGGUCCGUGGGAAAUGUCGCCGUCAGCGUCGGCGGAACCUGUUGACCCGUACAGUUUAGAUUUGCAGCCGCCCAGGGGUCUGGUAGAUGAGUUUACACAGGGCGAAGAGUACGGCGACGUCGAGUACGGCACCUCAUCGCACGCCGCAAAGGGCCCUCGCUACGUCCUCGCCGCUGCCGCGCGGGUUCCGGUGCCCAUUCACUUGCACCCGCUGCCUACACCGCCAGCCGCCGUCGCCGCCGUUGUUGCCAGCGGCGGCACCGCCGGCGCCGCCGCCGCGGCCCUACCGCAGUGGGUAGAUCCCCUCGUCGCCGCUGCCUCCGGCGGUGCCGCCGUCGGUGAGCCCGAUUCACCUGUACUGGGCUUUCAGUCGUCGGCAUCCGUGGUGCCCGGAUUAUUGCUACCAAGCAUGGCCAGCGGCUCUCAGAGCAGUCCGUACAGCAGCCGUACGCCGUCACGUACGACAUCUAUCAUGACGGGGGCACUUUCUGCUCGCGGCGUGGGGCUUCAGGGCUGCCCCUCGGGUCCGCCGUUGGGAUCGCCGUCGGCAUCUUUGAUUUUGGACGAGCAGUCCGGGUCCUGGUCCGCUGGCGGCAGCGCCGGCGGCGGGGGGCUGACGAGCCGGAGCGCUUCUAUCAUCCGCCGUCACGCCCAGCACCACCAGAGUGGAAAGCAACUGCUGGCGGCGGCGCCAGGGACGUCCGGAGCCUCCGUCGACGAGCAGUUGACCGGCUCCACCGUCACCGCAAACCCAUCGCUGCGCAGCUUCGAAGACUCCCAAUCGACGUCGCCGCCAUCAAGCCGCCGCGGCGGCGGCGACGCUGACAGCGCCACGAUGGCUGUAGCGUCAGCAGCAGUGGGCCGAGGCUCGCCUACCCUGGAGCCAUCGCUGCUGCCGCUGGCUCACGGCGCAUCUGCCUCCACUGCAGCGCUGCAAAUGGAGAGCAGUGCAACGAGCCAGACGGAGGCGGAGGAGGCGGGGACGGCUCCCUCCCUGGACGCUGGGGGGCCAUUCCGUGGUUUGGAUCUGGAUUUGGGCCCGCCCGCCAGCCGCAGGGUUGCAGCAGGCGAAAUUCAAAGAGGUCCUGUGGAUCCUAGAUCCAUCGCGCUGGAGAGCCGCGUUUCUCCCCUUGACAGCCACUUCCAGGCGGCCACAGAAGAAGGAGAAGGAGGACAGGGCGGGGAGGAGGACGGGGAGGGAAUAUAUGCAGUGGCAGCGGCGGACUUGGACGAGGGGGAUCAGGAAGAGGAGGAGGCGGAGGAGGAGGGGGCUGGGUGGUCAUUCCGCGACAACCGCCUGGCGGCGGUGGGCUCCGCCAGCGGUGGCAUGGUACCGGCGGCGACGGCGGCUGAGCCCAGCGGCGGCAGCACCGAUUCUCCUGACUGGGAGGCUGGGCCCACGCCACGGCUAAUGAGCCGGAUCAGCGGCGUGGUGCCGCCGCUGCAGUACAGCAGGUCGUCAUCCGUUACCAGCGAAGCCGUCAGCGCUUCUCUGGGCGGCAGCGUCACGCCGCGUAGCGGCGGCUCCGCCGCCGCUGCUGCCACUGGCGGCCGUAUAUCCACCACCGUUGCGCGCCCUGGCUCGCCCCUCUCCAGUGAGGCAUCCGCAUCGGCGGCGGCAGCAGCGGCAGGUUCUCCUCCUCCGCAGCAGCAGCAGCGCGGCCUCAGAUCCCGGGACAGCUUCACCCGGGCCGACGUCGACGCUGACGCCGCGGCCGACAUUAGCGCAUACCCCAGCGAGGACACCUCGCCGAGGCGGGCUGCUUCGGUGGCGGCGGCGGCGGCGGCUCCGCAGGGUCCGGUACUGACCCACGGGACGGGAUACCGAGUGGUUACGUCGGUGGCGGCGGCGGUGGUUUCGGAGGACCCUCGGGAGGCGGCGCGGCAGGCGGCUCAGCGGGAACUGGAGGCCCAAUUGGAGCGGAGUUCGGCUCCGGAACACACUGCCAAGCUCAAGGCCGCCAGCCGCGCCUCCAAGGCUCUUCUGCGUGCUGGGCCCCAACACCACAACCUGCUUCCCCCCACGCUGCCGCCGCUGUCACUGCCACCCCCGGGCAGCAGCGGCAGCUUCGGGUCCGGGGGCUCCCCGCCGACCACGGGUUACAGCAUCGUACAGCCACGUGGCUCCUCGCGCCUCGGCAUGCCUCCCCUGGAGGAGCCGCAGGGCGGCGGCGGAAUCAGUGUGCUGGACGCUACCGUACCGGGCCCGGCGGAGAUGGAGGCGAUGGAGAGCGCCGCGAGGGCAGCGUUGGGGGCGCCGGCGGCCGCGAUGCUGCAGCCGGCCCAGAGCCGUUUCGCGGGUCAGGCGCUCUCAAGCCAAACGGGCGCAGCUCCGCAGCGGCGGCCCACCCUGCAGCACCUCGGCCCGCAGGACAAGGACCGCCCGCACCCCUCCACGCCACUUGGCCCCGGCUCCUACCUGCACAUCCAGGCCACCAUCGAGCCAGGUCGCACCGCUCACAUGCAGGACGUGUGGGCAAUAUGA